UUUAACUUUUUAACUAUGGGCAUGGUCAUAAAGCUGUGAUAGCCCAGUGGAUAUGACCUCUGCCUCCGAUUCCGGAGGGUGUGAUUUCGAAUCCGGUCCGUACACCUCCAACUUUUCAGUUUGUACAUUUUAAGAAAUUAAAUAUCACGUGUCUCAAACGGUGAAGAAAAAACAUUGUGAGGAAACCUGCACACAGAAUUGUGUGUAGGUGUGUGAAGUCUCCCAAUGUAAACCGAGUGGACCUAACCACUUUCAUUCUGAGAGAACACUCCACUCAGCAGUGAGCCGAAUAUGGGUUGAUAAUGAUGGUCAUAUUAUAUAAGGGCAUUUUUUUCAUAUUCAGAUAAUUCGGUGUAAUAUUUUAUUAUUCUAUUAGUAGUUGGUAGAACAAGCAGAUGAAAAUGACCCACGGGCGUACAGGUCAACGAUAAUUUUGUACUGUAAAUAUCGUUGGUACAGGCUUGGUACGAGUACAUACGUAUGAAUAUCGCUAUCCGAAUUUGACAAGAUAGGUAACGUAACCAUGGAACUUUCUGGAAAUCCCCGUUGCAGAUAUUUAAACUGUCUUCUAUAAAUGUAACAUUAGAUACUGAAUAUAACAAUCAAUAUUUCGGUAAAUGUUUUAACAUAACAUUGCUAGUAUGUGUAUUGUGUAUAUUUACAUAAGGAGUCAGCGAGAAUGAUCCAGAGCCCAUCGAGUGAACUGGAUCAAGGCUCGACCUUAUCCAUUAGAGCUUAAUGGCUCGAUGACAAACGAGAUACGCGUGCUCCUUUAUAGAAGGGAUUUUUAUGUUUUGGUUUUUUAAUAUUUGUUUUCUAAAUUAUGAAUGCAAAUAAAAGCAUUUGUUGAUUCUUCAUCUUCAUUGCUAGUUUAAAAAUAUUUGUAAGUUUACCUACAAAUUAACAAUCCUAGAUGUUUUUAUGGCAUCAGGCAUACGUUGACUGUAAUCAUGGCCUGGUGGAAUUAAAGAGCCUGAGGUGGAUUUUGUCUAGAAGGACAUCCACAUUGUAAGUAACGGAAGCUGGAAGGGUAUUGAGUAUUAGGAAUUAGGAAUGAAGAACGCCUAUUAAAAGGAGUUCCUUUUAAUAGGCGUCUUAGAGAUAUUCGACUAUAUCAUCACAAUUAUAGGGUGAUCAUAUUUCAAUUCCGGCUAUCAGAUGUUAAUAUUGAUGACUGGGACUUUUCUCUUCUUCUUUAAUUGGUUAAAGGGAAUCUUUAAUUGGUUAACUUGUCAACUAAGGGCUGACAAUUUCACCAAUUAAAGAUUUUUUCUAAGAAAGAAAACACCAAUCUGAUAGCCCGACCCAAGAUUCGAGCCUGGGACUUCGUGAGCUGAGCCAUAUAGGCUAACCACUAUACCUACGAGGUACCUUCUCGUAGUUAUGUACUACAAUAUAGCGGUAGGUACAGCUCGUGUGGAUUAUCUUGUCACCUGGUGCGAAUGAUGUUUAUACUGUGUUUGUUUGGUUGUGGGUAGCCAGGUGUCAAGUUAAUGCGCACGAAUUAUACAGAAAGAACAAAGAGAUCAAACAGUUCCUGUUUCGUUGUCAUAAAUAAUUAUAAUAUGACAAAGCUUCUCAUGAUCCAAAUUCCACAGCACGGAUGUGAACUGGUAGCCCUUUAUGUCAUUUAGGAAAGUGAAAGCAAGAUAACCAAAGCCUUCGAGGAAAUUCCAUUUAUUCUUACUUUCUAGAUAACAACUAUCUAAAUGGGAUUUUAUUGCUUACUUAAUAGUAAAAUAUAGGUAGGUAGGUAUAGGUUUAACCUAACCUGAUAAAUAUUGUACAGUAAGUAAUUGUACUUAUUAAUUUUAAUGUUUCAGUGUUUACUAGACUUAACUUUUCAUAUUUUGUCUGAUGUGAAAUAAAGCAUUCCCACAUAUCCACCGACCCUCUAGGUACAUAUAAGUUACCAGGGUCGAUGGUUCCUAACAACCCGAUUCCUAUCGGGUUACCUUUUAAAAAUCCACAAGUUUUAUAGACGUACAUAAUUUAACAAAUGAAAACCCACGUGAAAUAGUAUCUACGAGAAAAUUUCAGUCUUCGCUACGGCAAGUUACCUACAUAAUAAAAUCACACACCACAGUAUCAGUUGACAGCUUUAAGUUUUGUGAUGGAUUUUAAGUGCUGUGAAGAGUGAUGACUGAUACUUGUAUAAAUAAUUUGAUUAAAACUUAUUUGUAUGAGACUUUAGAGGAGAAGCUUAUGUAAAAAAGCGAACCUUACGAACCUAUUGAAUUUGCUAUUUAAACCUAUUGCAUAUUGUAGUUUUAUGGAUGUAUGAUGUAUGAUGAUGUGCAAUCUAUACUUAUAAUAAAACUGUAGCAGGUCCAAUUCUGUACAUUGAAGAUAUUUUGAACAAUCGAUACUGAAGCUAUAUUUUUUUUCGAUUUUUUGUCUGUUUGUGUUUUUUGUUAUUCGGGCAUCACGCUGAAACUACUGAAUGAAUUCAAAUGAAACUUUUUUUUUUUUGAGACCAUAAUAUGGAAAAUGUUAUAGGAUAAUUUUUAUAGGGAAAAUAAAAUCAGAAGGUGGUGAAAUAAGGGUUAAAGUUUAAGUUGGAUAGUCCUCUAAUUUUACAGUAACAAUUCAAAACAAAAUCCAUAAAUCACGAAAAAUGUGAUUCAAGAAUUUUUAAUAUACAACCAUUAAAGUGAUGAAAUAGGGGUUGAAGGUUUACAUUGAUUUCCACGCGGACAAAGUCGCGGGCGUCCGCUAGUAAAGAAUAUCUGCUGAACUAGCUGCUGGCAAAGAUUGCUGUGGUGAUAAUCGCGAGUAGGUCGAAUCGGUGCAUAAGUUUCCAAGGAAAAGCUACAUACACAUGCACUUGGUUGAACAAUAGAGUUAAUACCUAUUAGAAUGAUUUAUGAAAUUGCCCACUUGCAUGAAAACUAGUAGCUACCUAUCUACCUACUAUUUAUAAGUUGCUGGAUCUGUGUUGGUUGCAAAUAAUAAAUGGAUGCACCACACUAAGCAGUAAACUUCGUAUAAUUCGUAAGGUGUUUUCCUACGUUUUAUUUAUUAAUAUCAAGAAUUUUCACCGUUCGUAAUUCAUUAAGUUUAAUUAAGUCAGGGCCCGUAGCCAUGUAGCUCUUUCUACAAAUUCUAACGCUUCGAAAUCUAAAUGUAUGUGAAUGACAGAUUCGAUCGAUAACUUGAUCACGUGACUUGUCGAUACCAAAUGUCAUUCUCAUAGUCAUACAUAAUUUUUUAAAGCGUUUGCGAUCGUAGAAAGAGAAUCGACGUGUCAUAUGGCUAGUACUCCGGGGUACCAGGGCCUGUAUAUAGUUAUACUACCCACACCUAUUGGUAUUUUGGAUGUGUCACAGUAAUUACCCACAGUUAGAUAUUACAAGUACCUUCAAAUCCCUAAUGUAAAAGUUGAAGUCGAUGUGUAUUAACAGCAAGAGAGUGUCACAAGGUUACGUACUGCAUAACAUUAUAUGAAACUUAUUACAACAUUUGAAAAUACUAUCAACAAUGUGGCUCCCCUUGACCCCCGAGUCGUGAGAAAUGCAAGUUUACAGAUGAUUCGGUAUAAUCGAGUUGUUAAUUUAGUGCGCGAAACAAGGGCAGUGCUGUUGACCCCGCGAUCUAUCGGCAGCAUCUGGCAAUGAUCUCUCCAGGCGCCGAACGCGGAAGCGCCUCGCGGGAUUUGACCGUGUUUCAAUGGUGCUCGAUUGGAGAUUACACGCAACGAUCCAGAGCUGGGCUUCGGGAGGAUUAGAAAGCUGGCAUCGAUAACUUUAAUGCGCUGCCAGAUAUUAUAACUUAUCUGGUACGAUUUAAAAUUGCACUCGCAGCUACCUACACGUCGUACUCGAGAUCGUUUGUGACCUAAUGAAAUCAUUUUGUUUACAUAAAGCAGACGCCGAUGGGUAUUCUGUUUGGGUGUAUUAUUAUCGCGCACCAAAUCCUCGAUUGUUGAACCCUACCUUGACAUGCAUGCGAGAGCGAGACGACCAUGGUUGCGGAACAGCGGUGCGCGAACGCAGGGUUGCACACAAAUAACUCUCCAGCAAGAAUACGACUCGAGUGCUUCUCAGAACGCACAGUUCAGUGUCUACUUGUACCUUUUUAAAACCGCAUCGAACAUCAAAGAUACGCAUACCGUUAACGACGGCUACGUAUUCGGUUCCGUCGACCGGCACGCACUAACAAUUGCCCAUAAAGGCGUCACGUCAUCCUCGCUGCACUCUAACACUCCUAUCUAUUUAGAUAUGUGUCUACUUCCUUUAAUUAAUACGAGUGCGUGAAUCAACAACAUUUGAACAUGUAGGGGAACGUGCGUUACUAACUUUCUACAGUCACGCUCGGCCUGCAUCGCUACACUACACCCUCGGAAGGACUGACAGGUGUACACGAAUGGGUGUGAAGGGUCGGGCAGAAAGACGUUUUUUAAAAAGAUCGCCUAUGUAAAGUUUGAACUUUUUGUAGGUGCAUCCAGCAUUCAGGUAGCACGGUCUCAUAAAUCAAGGAAUCAGUGUAAAAAGUAAACACACAUCGUAUGAAUGGAGCACAUAGACGUAUUGUUAUGAGUUCCUACGAGUAGGUACGGGCAGUUUUAACGUUAAUAAUUUUAAUAUUAUACAAGAAGGUAUUUGUACAAUUUGUUAUGACAGUGAUAGUACGAAUAAGAGGGUGAUUGGUGACUUUUGUUCGGUUCUUUGUUGAGCAACGUUCUUACGUUAUUUUGUAGUGUAAUUGUUCAUAAAUUGUUUAGUGUUGGUAUGGAGAAGAUUGUCGACAGGGGAUGAUCAUCCUCGUGUCGAUGACUGUGGCGGUGACAUUUGGUGCGAGGCUCGACCACUUAGUGCAGGGUUACAGUGGAGGCAACGCCGCGCCUUUCCGCUUCGAGAAUGUGAAUAACGGGGAUGGGAGUUACCGCUUCAGUUACGAUACACCGACGGGUAUAUCAGCGCACGAGAGCGGCGCACCCCGAGCUGCCGGCCCCGAGGGUCCAGCAGUGACGGCGGAGGGGGGCUUCUCCUACCGCGCGCCCGACGGCCAGCAGAUCUCCCUCACCUACACCGCUGACGAGAACGGCUUCCACCCGCAAGGCUCGCACAUCCCCACUCCCCCGCCCAUCCCAGAGGCCAUCCUCCGCUCUCUGGAGUACAACAGACAACAUCCAUCGAACGAAGGCUCUUACAACGGUCAACGUAACUACUACUAGGCUCAAAGUAUUACUGGACUGUAGGUGCGUGUGUGGACACCUCAGGGAGCGCUGUGAUAAAGUGGCAACUUACUCCUAACUGUUAAAUUGAUUUAAUUAUUAUUUAUGCAAUUCUGUAUA